AUAAUCGAUGACAACAUGUUUUGUAACCGGUGCAGUACACAUUAGGUAGUUUUAUUUUAUUUUUUAAUUAUUAUAACUUAGAAAUGCUGCGCAAAGUGCAUUCAUUGUGUCGGCAGCGAGCACCGGCAAUCUUCUCUAGAGUUUACUCGACCGAUGAGGCGAAUACCAAUUCCAGCUCCGGCGCUGGCAACAGCAGCAGUCGUGGUGCCGGCGGGACUAAGAAUGCAACAACAAGCCGACUGCCUGCCAUACGAAAUCCCUUUGCUGCGGCACAGGAGAAAACAAAGAACACAUACUUGACCAUGGUGGAGAUCUUUCAGGAACGUGAUGUCCAUCGACGCAAUCAUGUGGAAUUCAUUUAUGCCGCCCUUAAGCAUAUGCCGGACUUUGGUGUCGAACAUGAUCUGGAGGUGUACAAGGCACUGAUCGAUGUGAUGCCCAAAGGCAAAUUCAUACCAACAAAUAUUUUCCAAGCUGAGUUUAUGCAUUACCCAAAGCAACAGCAGUGCAUCAUUGAUCUGCUGGAACAGAUGGAGGAUUUUGGCGUGAUGCCCGAUUACGAGAUGGAGGCUAUGCUCUUAAAUGUAUUUGGCAAUAAAGGACACCCACUGCGCAAGUAUUGGCGCAUGAUGUACUGGAUGCCCAAGUUCAAGAACCUCUCGCCUUGGCCACUGCCCGAUCCAGUGCCAGAUGAUACGCUUGAAAUUGCAAAAUUGGCAGUAGAACGAAUGUGCACGGUAGAUCUGCGCUCCCAGUUACGCGUAUAUGAAACUAGUGAGCUAAAGGAUGCCUUGGAUGAGACGUGGAUUGUAAGCGGCAUGAGUCCGGAGCAAUCGAAACUGCUCCGGGAACACAACCGACAGAAAGCCCUUUACAUUGAGGGUCCCUUCCAUAUAUGGAUACGAAAUCGGCGCAUCAAUUACUUUACCCUACGUGCCGAUGCCGAUGAUGAGUUUCUGGCUCAAUUGGAUGAGCGACAGCUGGACGAGGAUGAUGUCUCGCACAUAGAAGUCCCCUUCUUUGGUCGUGCCCCGCCACGGCGUCACAAUCAAUUGGGCAAACUGCGAUCAGUACAUCAGCAGGAUGAUGGCACAAUUUUUGCUAUUUGCGCCACUGGAACGUCUACCAAGGAUUCACUGCUCUCUUGGAUACGUUUGCUGGAGUCAAAUGGGAAUCCAAUUAUAGGCGAAAUUCCUGUGCUCUUCAGGUUUACAUCCACAGUGCCUGCCAAAGCACAGGAAAUUGAGGGACCUGCCACAGUUCCAGCGACCAGUGAUAAUGCUUGAACUAAAUUUGUUUUAUGGAUGAAAUCAGAUGAGAUGAGUAAUUAAAAUUGUUGAGCAAA